UAAAACCCCGCAUUGAAUUGAAAAUAAUCAUCAUGCGUCUGCCUUAUCGCAAUAAAAAGACCACCCUUUGGGUCAUGUUUGCUAUUGUUGUUGUUACAAUGUUUUUAUUUAAAUUCACGGAAUUACGUCCCAUGUGUUUCUUCAGAGACGAAUCAUCACCUGCAGCUUCUGCGGCUGGUCAAGCUAUGAUGGUACGAGGAGAUGAGAAAUAUGUUGAAGGAGACAAUCAAAAAGUUUAUUCAUAUAAUAGAGAAAUGCCAUUAAUAUUUAUUGGUGGUGUUCCAAGAUCGGGGACAACAUUAAUGAGAGCCAUGUUAGAUGCACAUCCCGAUGUGAGAUGUGGCCAGGAAACACGUGUGAUACCUAGAAUAUUACAAUUACGUUCCCACUGGCUGAAGUCGGAAAAGGAAUCGCUGCGUCUGGUGGAGGCUGGCAUUACCAAAGAAGUCAUGAACAGUGCUAUUGCUCAAUUUUGUUUAGAAAUCAUUGCUAAACAUGGUGAUCCAGCGCCUAGACUGUGCAACAAAGAUCCCUUAACUUUAAAAAUGGGCACAUAUGUGAUAGAACUGUUUCCUAAUGCUAAAUUUUUAUUUAUGGUCCGUGAUGGUCGUGCCACGGUACAUUCAAUUAUAUCACGCAAAGUAACCAUUACUGGCUUUGAUUUGACCAGCUAUCGCCAGUGUAUGCAAAAAUGGAAUCAUGCCAUCGAAGUCAUGCACGACCAAUGUAAAGAAAUUGGUAAAGAACGUUGUAUGAUGGUCUAUUAUGAACAAUUGGUAUUACAUCCGGAAGAAUGGAUGCGUAAAAUAUUGGAUUUCCUUGAUGUUCCCUGGAAUGAUUCUGUCUUACAUCAUGAAGAAUUUAUCAAUAAACCUGGUGGUGUUCCUCUCUCCAAAGUUGAACGUUCAUCGGACCAGGUAAUUAAACCAGUAAAUUUAGAGGCUCUCUCCAAAUGGGUGGGAAAUAUACCCGAAGAUGUAGUAAGAGAUAUGGCCGAUAUAGCACCAAUGUUAUCUGUACUGGGCUAUGAUCCCUUUGCAAAUCCACCGGAUUAUGGUAAGCCAGAUGCCUGGGUAGAAGAUAAUACAUCUAAGCUAAGAGCCAAUCGAAGAUUAUGGGAAAAUAAAGCAAAAGAAGUGUUGAAAAUGUCACCACAACAACUUAAAAAUUCCAAUACAGAUGAAGACGAUGAUAAUACCAUCAAUGAAACAUUUGCUCCAGGAAAUACAAAUAUCAACAGUAACAACAAUAAUAACAAUCAUAAUAGUAACGACAACAACAACAACAACGAUAACAAUCAAUUCCACCAUCCUGUUAAUAAUAAAAAUGCGGAGGCCAUAAUGCAACAACAUCUCCAACAACAGCAGCAACAAUUGCACGAAGAAAUGGAUCAUAAUAAUAUGCAGUAUGAAGAUAUUAACGACAUCAAUAUGUUGCAACAACAACAGCAGCAGCAACAACAACAAUAUCAACGCCAACAUUUCACAGAUGAAAAUAUUUAUAGAAAACCAAAGGAUAUUAUAACAAUAAGACAAUUGAAUACACAAUCCCUAAAAGAAAGUAUAUAAUAACAACUUUAAAUAUUAAGAAUUUCCAUAGGCCUCCUACAACUGCAUUUUAUAAUGAAAAAAAUGACUUAAUGUUUCAUCCUAAAGCUUAAAAAACAAUUAACAUGUUAAACCAUUUAAUGAAUCGUUGGCUAGAUAUGUAUAUGAAUGAAACUAAUUAUUAUUAAUAAAGUAGCUGGAAGUGUAUUCUUGGACUGGGGAAACCUUUUCCCACACCAUUUUAUACAAAACAUUAAUGGCCGCUUCAAUUGUACAGGUUUUUAUAUUAUUAUUUUUUUAUAUUUGUAAAAAAUUUAAUUAAGUUUUUAUAUAUUUUUUUUUUUAAUAAAAAUAAAUUUAACGUU